AUGGAUUCUGUACUUACGCAACGUCGCAACCUCCCUCUCCUUGCCACAACUGAGAAUGUCUCUGGCAAAACCUACACCGUGACAGGUGCCAAUACUGGCUUGGGCUACGAGGCGGCCAAACACUUGGUUGAGCUUGGUGCUGCCAAAGUCAUCAUAGCUGUCAGGAAUGUCAGCUCAGGCGAGACUGCCAAGUCUGAGAUUGAAAAAGCAACGGGGAAAUCGAAUGUAGCCGAUGUCUGGGCUCUAGACCUGGCAAGCUAUGAUUCCGUGAAGGCAUUUGCCGAGAAGGCUGUCACUGAACUGGAACGCAUUGAUGCGUUAAUCGAGAACGCUGGUGUUGCUGCUCACGUGAGGACUUAUGUCGAGGGACAUUGGAUCGGCAACACUGUUAACGUAAUGAGCACGUUACUCCUUGCCGUCUUGCUGCUGCCCAAGAUGAGCGAGACUGCCAAGAAAUUCAACACUCUGCCGCAUCUUGUUAUUGUCACAAGUGAUCGUGCGUUUGACUGCGAGGCUGAGUGGAACAGCAUCAAAGAUGACCCACUAAAGAAGAUGGAUGAUGAAGCGAUUCCAACCGUUAAGGGUUAUCCCCUUUCUAAGCUACUAGAGGUUCUAGCUGUUCGCCAUCUAGCAACCCUAGUUCCCGUAUCUCGCACGGGAGUUGUGCUAAAUCUAGUAUCCCCCGGUCUCUGCAAAACUAGCCUCAGUCGCAAUGCUCCGGCAGCCUUCCGGGAGCGGCUUGUGGAUAUGCAAGAGAAGUACGGGCGAACUGCUGAAGACGGUAGCCGGACUCUGCUACAUGCCGCUGUCGCAGGUAAAGAGAGCCACGGCUGCUCUCUUGACUCCUGUGAAAUUAGCGAGGACAGAGUUCCUAGCUGGAUUACCAGUGAGUAUGCCAAGAAGGAGCAAAAAGACUUUUGGGAAGCAAUUGCACAGGAGUUGGAGAUUGCCAAGCCUGGUUGCGUGAAGGCCAUCCUUUGA